AUGGUUGCAUCAACUCUUGUUCGCGCCGUCCUCGGUGCUGCUCUCGCCGCUUCCUCCACCGUCGCUCAGUCUGAUGCUUGGCACUUCGACAUUGUCAAGACCCUCAUGGUCGCCCGAAUGGACCCCAUCGUCGAUCCGAACCGACUCUCAAUGCAUAUGCACCGGAUCAUGGGAGGGUCCAACUUUGCCGCUGGGUAUUCGUACGAGAACAACCGGGCUUCGGACUGCAGUACCGUCUACACUCCGUUUGACAUGUCCAAUUACUGGACGGCUCAGAUGUACUGGGUCAGCAACGACGCCAAUGAAGUGAAGGAAGAUACCACGUACACCUCUGUCCCCGGAGGCCAUCGUUUUUACUACUUCUUGACCCGAAACGCUCCUGAUGUGCCCGUCAGCCCUUUCCCUGAGGGACUACGGAUGCUCGCUGGGAACAAAGACGCCAAGAAUUGGGCCGAGACCGGAUUGCCUGAGAACGCUUGGUCUUACACUUGUCAGAAGAGCAGGACCGACAUGAGUCAGAACAUCGCGGUCUCUAGUUGGAACGAGCUCGACACGUACUGUCCCGAACUGAAGCUUGAUCUGAAGUUCCCUUCUUGUUGGGAUGGAAAGAACUUGUACUCGGACGAUGGAAGCCACAUGGCCUACCCCAGUAACAUGUUGUACGGUGUCUGUCCCCUUUCUCAUCCCGUCAGGAUCCCCGCCAUCAUGUUCGAGACUACCUGGCUCUUGCACGAAGUCAUCAAGGAGACUGAUCACCCCAAGAACCGCAUCAUCCUCUCGAACGGUGACACCACUGGUUUCGGUACCCACGUCGAUUUCGCCAAUGGUUGGAACACUUCGAUCUUGUACCAAGCUUUAAAUGAUCCUCGAUGUGUCAAUGUCGGCCACUCGAUGCCCGCCACCGACUGCCCCGUCUUGAAUAUCAACUACGAGAGCGGACGUGAUGCUGCCGAAGCUUGCAAGCCCAUGCGAGGCCGACUCGACGAGGACGGUACACAAGACGGCGUUGCCAUCAAGAAGCUUCCCGGAUGCAACCUUCCUUGGGCUUCCGGACCUAAGCCCACUUGCGACGACAAGCCGACCAAUGACCCCGACUUGACCCCCUUCUUGGGAGUUGACAUUCAAGGCUACGUCGCAACCGCUGCCGACACUCUCAAGGUCUACAAGGCCAACAUCUUGUCGCAGACGGCUGACGAGUGGCAAAAGGUUGGAUGCAUCGGCGACUUUGGUUUCCCCGACCCUACCAUGUGGCACAGCUGGGACAAGAUGAAGGUCGACUCGUGCCAAGACUUCUGCGGCGACAUCGGGAUGCCUUACGCUAGUUUGCGACUCGGAUACCAAUGCAUGUGCUCCUCUGUGCUCAACAACAACGCAACCCUCGUCCCGGAUGACAAGUGCAACAAGGCUUGUACUGGCGAUGCCAAGGUCAACUGCGGCGGCGAAGGCUUGAUGCAGACCUUUUACAAGCCCACCGUAAAGGCAAAGGCCCCUUCGGCUACAGACAAGUCUUACGUUGGCUGUCAUGUUGACGGCACCGUUCAAGGCACGAGGAAUCCUGAUUGGACCGACGUCGACGGCUGCCGAACUUACUGUGGCGACAACAAGAAGAAGUACUUUGGUGUCUCCAACUCGAGGUACUGUUUCUGCAGCAACGAGCUCAAGCAGGAUUCCUGGGAAAGUCGAGUCCCCGAGAUGGAAUGCAACGCCAAGUGUCAGCUCAACGAGGCGCAGACCUGCGGCGGAAACUCUGACGGCUACAUGUUUCAGAGCGUGUUCUUCGUUGAUGGAGAGGUCGAAGUUCCCGUCUCCCAGACUACCGCCCCCGUUCCCCAAGUAUCAUCAUCGGGGGCUGCAGCCGCGGCCAGCACCUCCUUUGCUGCGCCCACCCCGGUCGGAGCAGCCAAAUCUGGUGCAGCCAAUAUCGUCGCCACCUCCACUGCAGCAUUCUCUUCGUCAGCCAGCGCCGCUAUCACCGGAGGAGCCAUGGACGGUGGCAAGGACAAUGUCAGCCCUACGAAAGCGGUGAUCGGUAACAUUGCUCUAGCUCAGCCCGUUGCAACAAAGACUUGCAAGCGCACUCGCAAGAGGUCCCAACGGAAGCGUCAGAUGCUCCGUCACGGACAGCCGAUCCAAUUGUAGGCGGUCGGAAGGGUUGAAAGGUGCCUGAGGCAACUAUCGUUUGGUGAUUCCGGUUUAUGAAACGGUCUAGCGAUAAUCUGUAAUCCAGGUGAUACAGAUAUGACAACAUAUACACAAUAUUGGCCGUACUUUGUCCCUACGAGCCAGCGUUCUGCGUGGCGUCUGAAGGGAUGCAUGUCCAUA